AUGGGCUCAAAGGGGGAGCCAGCAGGCGUGGACACGAUUAAGCAGUUUGCCGAGGCGCUGCGCAGCAAGGGCGGCAUCGAGAACCGGUCUGGUGUGCUGCAGGGCGAGCGGUUCGAGCUGUUCCGCGGCAAGGACCUGGUGCGGUGGGUGAAGGCCAACCCCGAGAAAUGCGCAGCGGCAGGCGGAGUCAAGGGUGGCGAGGGUGAGGAGCUGGCCAAGUACCUGGGCCAGCAGCUGAUCCGGCGGCGCCUGGCACUGCGCGUCGACCGCCUCAACAAGAAGCCGCUACCGGGCAGCAAGCGCAUGGUCAAGUUCCCGCGCAAGCUGGUGCCGCUGCCGCCGGAGCAGGCCAACGCGUUUGCUGAGGACGGCUUCUAUGUGUGGCUCUGUGAGUGCCCCACCUCGCUGUGGACAUACGUCUGGACCGCGCUCAUCCCACUGGGCGUGCUGGGCGCGUGCCUGUUCCCGCUGGCCCCCAACUGGGCCAAGGUGGCCGUCUUCUACCUCUCCUCCGGCCUCCUCAUCCUCAUCCUGGGCCUGCUGCUGCUGCGCGGCACGCUGGCGGCGGUGACGUGGAUCGUCAGCGGCCGCACGCUGUGGCUGCUGCCCAACCUGCUGUCAGAGGAGCUGCCCAUCACCCAGAUCUUCAAGCCGCUGCUCUCGGUGCAGCACCCCGCUGAGAACGCCAGCAAGUGGAGCAGCCACCCGCUGACGCGGGUGGCGGUGGGGGCGGCGCUGGGCGGCUUUCUCUAUGUGCUGUACAGCCACUCGCCCAACGCAGGCAAGCUCCAGCCUCCAUCAUCCAUCGGAAACGAGGCCACCCGGUACCGCGACGACCUCAUGGAUUGGCUCGGAGUGCAGCGCGAGGGCUACCAGCGCCUCAGCAACAACAGCUCCGCGGCCGUCAACGCCACGGACGCGGCGGCGGCGAAUGCCACGGCGGCAGGCGAGGAGGCAGGCGGGGCAGGCGCCGCCGCGGAAGCUGCCACCGAGCCGGCCGCUGAGGCCGAGGCAGCGGCAGAGGCAGCCGGCGACGCCGCAGCAGAGCCCGAGGCUGCAGCGGAGUCCGAGGCUGGGGAUGCGGGCGCCGAGCUGUGA